CUUCCUUGAGGAAACCGAGAGGAGAGUCCAGACGGAGCAGGACGAGUCACAGGACCGCUUCAGUGUCUGACAGGAACAUGGUGCACAGAAUAACACAGGUGACGGUCCGGGACGUCAGGUUCCCGACGUCUUUGGAGCAGCACGGCUCAGACGCGAUGCACACCGACCCGGACUACUCCACCGCGUAUGUGGUGGUCGACACGGACUCCGGCCUGAAGGGCUUCGGCUUCACGUUCACUCUGGGGAAAGGCACCGAGAUAGGUGAGGUUCACACCUGAGGAGCUGACGGUGGACACAGUGGUGUGUGCUGUGAGGGCCCUGGCAGGUCUGGUUGUCGGGAAAUCCUUGCAGGACAUCGUGAGCGACUUCCGUGGAUUUUACCGCCUCUUGACCAGCGAUGGCCAGAUGAGAUGGCUAGGCCCAGAGAAAGGAGUGAUCCACCUGGCCACUGCUGCAGUCCUCAACGCAGUGUGGGACCUGUGGGCGAGAGCGGAGGGCAAGCCGCUGUGGAAGCUGCUCGUCGACAUGGAUCCGAAGCAGAUCGUCACGUGCAUUGACUUCAGAUACAUCACCGAUGCCCUCACAGAGGAGGAGGCUCUGGACAUACUUGUGAAAGCUCGAGAGGGCAAGCAGCAGAGAGAGGAUCAGAUGCUGAAGGAGGGUUAUCCUGCCUACACCACCUCCUGCGCAUGGAUCGGAUACUCAGACGAGCAGCUCAAACAGCUCUGCACAGAUGCACUGAAGAGCGGCUGGACUAAGUUCAAGGUGAAAGUCGGCGCUGAUCUCGAGGACGACACGCGCCGGUGCCGCCUCAUAAGGCAAAUGAUUGGACCCGAUAACACUUUGAUGAUUGAUGCCAACCAGAGGUGGGACGUAGCCGAGGCCAUCAGCUGGGUGUCCAGCCUGGCUGAGUUCAAACCUCUGUGGAUCGAGGAGCCCACGUGUCCAGAUGACAUCCUGGGUCACGCUGCCAUCUCCAAGGCUUUGGCUCCACUCGGGAUCGGAGUGGCAACAGGGGAGCAGUGUCAGAACAGGGUGAUGUUCAAGCAGUUCCUCCAGGCCUCGGCCCUGCAGUUUGUCCAGAUAGACAGCUGUCGGCUGGGCAGCGUCAACGAGAACCUGGCUGUGCUGCUGAUGGCACACAAGUUCCAGGUGCCGGUUUGUCCUCAUGCUGGAGGAGUCGGUCUCUGUGAGCUCGUCCAGCAUCUGAUUCUGUUUGACUACAUCUGUGUGUCUGGAAGUCUGAGGAACCGAAUGUGUGAAUAUGUCGAUCACCUUCACGAGCACUUCACCAGCCCUGUGGUGAUUCACGACGCCCACUACAUCCCCCCCAAGGAUCCAGGAUAUUCUUGCGAGAUGCUGGAAACAUCAGUGAAGAAGCACCAGUACCCUGAGGGAGACGUAUGGAAGCAGCACAAAAACAGCUGACAGAAUGUUAAGAAUCACUUAAAUCAAGUGAAAAUGGAUUAUAAUCAUUAGCUGUAGUCAGCUGUAAAGAUUUUACACUCAGAUUCUGACUUUGGGAAUAUUAUGCAGGAUUGAAGAUGGUUGAUCAGAGCCGCAUUCAUAGAUUUGAAAAAGGCAUUUAUACUGUAGUCAUGUUGCAGAAAAAAUAUUAUUACAUGGGAGACAUAUUUUUAUAGUAGACAACACUUCAAGAAUUAAAGGGGAAAAACUCUUUAAGCCAUCCUUUAUUUAGUAUUUAUAAUACUGUGGGGUUGAAUACUGGAUUCUGAUUGGCUGCAGGGUGUUAAUUAACUGUUGAUAUACGAAUGCCUCUUGAACUCUUUGUCCCGGUUGGUGUCCACAUUCAGACUCAAAGAGUUUUGAGGCAUAUUUCCAGUAACUUGAGCCACUUAGGGCCACUUUUUGCAAGUCUGGAUUUCUGCAAAUGUACCUUUGAUCUGGUAUGAUUAACUGUAUGUGUUGUGCAUUGUCCCUUUUACAUAAACAGUCAAAUUGUGUUUUUCUGCCAGGUUCCUGUUGGGUCAAUAACAGUUCUGUACAAACCAAGCUGACACAAAUUAAAUUUCUUUAUUUACAAAA